AUGUGCUACAGAUAUCCCAUCCAGUGCUACAGAUAUCCCAUUAGUGCUACAGAUAUCCCAUCCAGUGCUACAGAUAUCCCAUCAUGUGCUACAGAUAUCCCAUCAUGUGCUACAGAUAUCCCACCCAGUGCUACAGAUAUCCCAUCAUGUGCUACAGAUAUCCCAUCAUGUGCUACAGAUAUCCCACCCAGUGCUACAGAUAUCCCAUCAUGUGCUACAGAUAUCCCAUCAUGUGCUACAGAUAUCCCAUCAUGUGCUACAGAUAUCCCAUCCAGUGCUACAGAUAUCCCAUCAUGUGCUACAGAUAUCCCAUCCAGUGCUACAGAUAUCCCAUCCAGUGCUACAGAUAUCCCAUUAGUGCUACAGAUAUCCCACCCAGUGCUACAGAUAUCCCAUCAUGUGCUACAGAUAUCCCAUUAUGCUACAGAUAUCCCAGCCAGUGCUACAGAUAUCCCAUCCAGUGCUACAGAUAUCCCAUCAUGUGCUACAGAUAUCCCAUCAUGUGCUACAGAUAUCCCAUCAUGUGCUACAGAUAUCCCAUCAUGUGCUUUAGAUAUCCCAUCAUGUGCUACAGAUAUCCCAUCAUAUGCUACAGAUAUCCCAUCCAGUGCUACAGAUAUCCCAUCAUGUGCUACAGAUAUCCCAUUAUGUGCUACAGAUAUCCCAUCCAGUGCUACAGAUAUCCCAUCCAGUGCUACAGAUAUCCCACCCAUUGCUACAGAUAUCCCAUCAUGUGCUAUAGAUAUCCCAUCCAGUGGUACAGAUAUCCCAUCAUGUGCUACAGAUAUCCCAUCAUGUGCUACAGAUAUCCCAUCAUGUGCUACAGAUAUCCCAUCAUGUGCUACAGAUAUCCCAUCAUGUGCUACAGAUAUCCCAUCAUGUGCUACAGAUAUCCCAUCCAGUGCUACAGAUAUCCCACCCAGUGCUACAGAUAUCCCAUCCAGUGCUACAGAUAUCCCAUCAUGUGCUACAGAUAUCCCAUCAUGUGCUAUAGAUAUCCCAUCCAGUGGUACAGAUAUCCCAUCAUGUGCUACAGAUAUCCCAUCCAGUGCUACAGAUAUCCCAUCAUGUGCUACAGAUAUCCCAUCAUGUGCUACAGAUAUCCCAUCCAGUGCUACAGAUAUCCCAUCAUGUGCUACAGAUAUCCCAUCAUGUGCUACAGAUAUCCCAUCAUGUGCUACAGAUAUCCCAUCUAGUGCUACAGAUAUCCCAUCCAGUGCUACAGAUAUCCCAUCCAGUGCUACAGAUAUCCCAUCCAGUGCUACAGAUAUCCCAUCCAGUGCUACAGAUAUCCCAUUAGUGCUACAGAUAUCCCAUCCAGUGCUACAGAUAUCCCAUCCAGUGCUACAGAUAUCCCAUCCAGUGGGUCCUAGGACCUUUGACCACAG